CUCAGCCUAAUGAAGUCAGUGCCUCCAACUGGACUCUUGAAGAAACCUGUGGAUAAGAAACCGUGACUCAGACGGAGAGUCUCGGUGUUUGCAGGUUCUUUUUUGGAGUUUUUGGCUGUUGUUUUUUUCAGUUUGUGCUCUACAGCAUUUCUCGGAGUAAAGAAGCAGCGGGACUCAGGAUCAUCAUGAUACCAUGGUGGCCAAACUGUUAGGGCUGGCCUUUCUUUAUCUCACGACCGGUCCAUUCACCUUCUCUGCACAUGGCACGUCAGUGUAUCCUGUCCCAACUUCAUCUGUAAAGAUCAAUCCAAACUGGGAGGUGGUCUACCAGGACACUGACAUUUAUGGGGUGGUGGGCAAAGCCGUGAUCCUGGAGUGUGGCACCAGCGUGCCUGACAUCUACAUAUGGAGCUUCACCAAGCCAGGCACUGACGCCAUCAAAGCAGUGGUGUACAAUCUGGGGAAAGGGCCGAGGAUCCAGCAGUUUGCUGAAACACUUGGACACUUGACCAUCAUCUCAAACAGUGCAGCAGUGAGCAUUGAGAAACUGCCUCUGGCUGCUCAUGGCCUGUUCACCUGCCAGGCCUUCUACAAUAUCGACAAGGAGCCCGUAGUCUACUAUUACUACGUUCACCUCAAUGUCAGAGUCCCCGUCAGUAAGCCGUAUCUGUUGCUAAGUGAUGUGUCUCCGGUGGAAGGCUCCACAAUGUGGAUGCGAUGCAACCUGGAAAACGGGACCGGGCCAAUCCAGUACGUAUGGCAGCACGAAACCCACAGUGGCAACAUCACGGUGGUGGCCCAGGGAAGCAGCAACCUCAUCAACAUAACGGACAUCAACAGAAACCACACUGGCUGGUACCGCUGUGUGGCCACCAAUGCCGUCAACAGUGAGAGCUCUAACCGCUUAUGGCUGGACACCAUCUAUGGUCCUGACAUCCCCCGGAUAGACGUGACUCCAUACAGUAUAACAGAGCGGGGUUACUCAGCGUUGGAGAGAGAGACUGUUUCACUGAUGUGUCAAGCCCCGUCCAAUCCAGCCAGUCAGUACGUCUGGUUCUACAACAACUCCCAGGUCUACAGUGGGCCGCAGUACACCAUCACCAAGAUCCUUCGCAUGCACACAGGAGACUACGCCUGCUUGGCCCAGAACACAUACCUGAACACCCGCUCCAAAAAAACCAUCAGCCUGACUGUCUACUACCCUCCUGACGGUUCCCCCUCCUGCUCUGUGGAGGCCGCUCUGAAUCACACUGCUCUGAAGCUGCUCUGCGUCUGGGCCGGGGGAUUCCCCUCCCCGUCCUUGGACUGGACCGGAGAUCUGGUGCAGGCAGGAAAAACCCAGGUGGACGCAGAACAACAAACUAAUCUACAAAGUGGCACUGCCAUCAUUCUGCCCUCUGGGAGCGUGACCCCUAACAGCUUGUUCCGAUGUGUGGGCUCCCAUCCUGCUCUGAAACAAACUACAGAGUGCAGCACACGGACAUACAUUCCUCCUGCAGAACCGGUGUGUUUUGCCUACGUCACAAACACUCAGCAAUACCUGAUGCUGUCCUGCUCCUGGGAUGGAGGGGCCCCAAAGGCCCUAGUGUGGUGGGAAGGACCAGGGGGCCAAAGCAAAGGAGGGCAAGAAAACUCCAACAUCCUGAUCCUGCAUUAUGGGACGGCCCGAAGUGGGAAACCGUACACCUGCUACGCUAAACACCCACUUCUGGUGGAAGCAAAGAGUUGUAGGCUCACACUGGAGGCCCCGGUGUUGUUGACACAGCGCAAAGUCAUCUCUGUGUACGAGGGGAGUGACGUUCAGCUCACCUGCAAUCUGAGAGCCAAUUACCUUCCAGCCAAUGACAUCACCUGGUUCAACAACCAGGGCGUGGAUGUCCGAGACACGUCGAAGUACAUGCUGCUGCAAACGUCUGCCUGGGCCAACCUGACUGUGAGAGAAACCGACGAGACGCAGGACAGCGGAGAGUACAGAUGCUCCACUUCAAACGCAGUGGGAGGCGCUGAGAUCAACGUCACUCUAGUGGUCAAGAGUAAGAAUCAGAUUUAG